AUGCACAACACAGCAGCCUCUCAUUCUGCCAAGAUGUUCAGAAUCAGCACAUUUGUAAAAAAGACCUGGAUUCUCUUGCAAGUGUGCUUGUGUACUGCUCUAGGUAAACUUUUUAUGAUCUUAUUCCCAGCUACUGUAAAGAGCUAUAUAUUGAGACAAGGGGAAAAGAGCAGCAUGGGGAGGAAUCCCAAAUUCAUGUAUGAGAACUGGGGACCCACUUUCUUUAGCUUCCCCUACCUACUCUUUGUCUUGAAAGUCAAAUGGAAAAGGCUGGAAGAUGAAGCGUUUCAAGGCUGCCCUGCUCCCAACACCCCCGUGAUAGAUCUUGGAGGGGAAGUUCGUCACAUCUUGGAUUUCAUGCAAGAUAACAGGCCUUUGGUUCUGACAUUUGGAAGCUGCACCUGACCUUCAUUUAUGUUCAAAUUUGGCGAGUUCAAGAAGCUUGUCGAAGAUUUCAUAUUUGGAGCAGAUUUCCUUGUGAUCUACGUUGAAGAAGCCCACGCUUCAGAUGAAUGGGCUUUUAAAAAAAAUAUUUCUAUUAAAAGUCACCGUACUCUCCAAGACCGCAUACAGGCUGCACAGAUCCUUUUGGAAGAUCGUCCCUUGUGCCCAGUGGUUUUAGAUACUAUGGAAAACAAAAGCAGUUCUAAAUAUGCAGCUCUGCCAGAAAGACUUUAUGUGCUUCAAAGAGGAAAAGUUGUCUAUAAGGGUGGAGUGGGACCUUGGAACUAUAGCCCUCAAGAAGUGCGUGAAGUUUUGAAACAACUACUCUAAAUGUGUAAAGCAAACCUACUAGUGGCUCCCUAAAGUGAGCAAAAUAAUUACUCCAUAAUCUGCUGGUUCAUUUUAAAAAGGAUUAAUAUUCAUUUAGAAAAUCUUGUAUAUAUUUGAAGAGAGUAAAUCCCAUCCAUAUGCGGAAAAUGGGCACUGUCCACUGUGCACCUAUCAUUACCCCUACAUAGGUCAAGUACACACAACAGAUUAAUCAUGUGGUAACUGCAGUAGUCCCUUGCUUAUAUGACACUGAUAGCUUAAAUCAGUAUGGCCUAAACACAUGCAAAUAAGGGUUUAGUAGCCACCUGAAAACCAACUUAUAGAAGUGGCUACAUGCUGCAAGCCUUUCACAUGAAGCAACCCAUCAAUCACUUCUAACUAUUUGGAAUCCAUCAACAGCGGGUGGUAAAGUGAGGUAAAUUGUCAGAACUGCUUAGCAAGUAGCUUCACAAGAACAGCUUGUCUUGCGGAGUAGCCUCCACAUAGCUGAACAAUGUAAAUAAUAACCUCCCUCCUUGGUUGCCAAGUGGCCAUGAGGUUUUCCAACUCAGACCACACCCUAACUAUUGGAACUGCCAGAACAAUGUUUGAG